GGUAAUCAAUGGUAAUCCGGAAGUGAUUCCAGUGCAGGGCUUCUACAGUAAAAAGAAUGUAAUGGCUUGGUUGUAAACAGAAUGAUGUCUCAGCGAGACAGAGGGGAAUUUGCCCGAUUUUACACUGUUACGAACCCCAAGAAACACCAGAAGGGAUACACUGUUUACCAAGUCACUGCCAGGAUCAUCUCCAGAAAUAAUCCUGAGGAUGUGCAAGAGAUAAUUGUCUGGAAGAGAUAUAGUGACUUUAAGAAGCUGCACAAGGACCUUUGGCAGAUUCAUAAAAAUCUAUAUAGGCAAUCAGAACUCUUUCCACCCUUUGCCAAAGCCAAAGUUUUUGGCCGCUUUGAUGAGACUGCGAUUGAGGAGAGGCGACAGUGCUCUGAAGAUCUGCUCCAAUUCUCUGCCAACAUCCCUGCUCUCUUUAACAGCAAGCAAUUUGAAGACUUUUUCAAGGAUGGAGAGUUUCAUGACGGCUCGGAGUUGAUUGGCCCUGCUGAGCCCUUUUUUGACUUUCUUGCAGACAGUUUAUCAGACUGCAGUUCAGAAGUUCAGAAAGAUUUAAGUGGCAUUGAUGAUUUGACAUUUACCAGUCAAUCAGAAUAUGGAGGCCUCUCGAGUGACGGUGAUCUGAUAUCUUUGCCAGUGGACACAGACUCUCUUGCUGAGCUUGAUGAUGGAAUGGCCUCAGCUAGGGACUCUCCAAACAAGCUGCUGGGUGGUCUGGGUGGCCCAUCUCCCGAACCUGCAGGAAAGGAGUCUGUCGGUCAUGAUCCGGAGAUGAGCAGGAAUGGUGCAGAGGGAGGCAGCAGGGGGGCACUCUUCCCUAGCAGCCUGAAGACCAAAACGGGGAAGAAAGACUACCUAGAUAAGGCGGACGAGGUGAUAAAGCUGGCUCUGCAGAAAGAAGCUGAACAGGACUAUGAGGGAGCCUUCUCUUUCUACAGAAGUGGAGUGGAUCUUCUUCUCCAAGGAGUUCAAGGUGAGCCUAGCCCCACACGGCGUGAAGCGGUGAAGAAGAAAACGGCGGAGUACAUAAUGCGAGCAGAACAAAUUUCCAAUCAGUACCUAAAAGCUUCAACAGAAAAUGGAUCAGUAGAGACCACGCCUCCAGGACAGCUAAGUUCAAGGCCCACUUGGAACCUGAGGAGCCCUGCGGAGGAACUGAAGGUCUUCAGAGUCCUCGGGGUGAUUGACAAGGUGUUACUGGUCAUGGAUAAAAGAACACAUGAGACCUUUAUUUUAAAAGGUCUGAGGAAAAGUAGUGAGUGCAGCAGGAACAAAAAGACCAUCAUCCCCCACUGUGUGCCCAACAUGGUGCGUCUGCAUAAGUACAUCAUCUCAGAGGAUUCCAUAUUCCUUGUGCUGCAGCACGCAGAAGGUGGGAAGCUAUGGUCCUAUGUGAGCAGGUUCCUAAACAAAAGCCCAGAAGAAAGUUUCGACAUCCCCUACACUGAAAGAUCCCAUCCUACAGUAGUCUAUGAUAUUGAACAAUUAGUUCCUGGCUUAGAAGUAGGAGGCAGCAGCAUUGAAUCAGGAGGGCAAGGUGAUGGCAGAACACUGCAGGUUCUGCCCAUAAAGACUAGCCUGACUCCCAGCUCCCAAGAAGACAGCAGCACUCAGGAUGAGGAUGGCCAGGACAACACUCAUGGGUUACUUGACUCAGGGGCCACAUCUGAAGAGGAAUUCACUAAUAGUUACUUAAAAUUAUGUAAUGAGUAUGAACAGGAGAAGAUAGAACCAGACUCUUUGUCUGAGGAGCCACUGCUCAAAUCCGAAGAUGACAGCGCAAGCCCCCAAGUUGGGGCACAAUGCUCAAGACCUCAUUCCUUGCUCAGCAAUGACAGCCUGUGUUCCCCAAUCACGGCUCAGGAACUUAAGUUCUUUACUGAAGAUGCGAACCCUGAAGUGUUUAGUCCAACCAAAACCACGGAUUCACUGAACCAGUCUAAAAAGAGCCCUAUGGAGUUUUUCCGGAUAGACAGUAAAGACAGUGCCAGUGAGCUUGUGGGUCCUGACCUUGGUGACAAGCUUCCAAGCUUGAAAUCAGAACCAAUAAAAAAUGUCCAUGCUGUGCCUGAUGCUGAGUCAAGUUCAGGUCCUUUUGACCCUGUUGAAAUAAACGGAGGCACAGCAGACUUUGUAAUUGGAGAUAGUGAUAGAGGAUCCAACGAGUCAGUUCCUGUUAUCUCAUUCCAAGAUGCUGCUUUUGGAGAUACAGGAAGUUACGAUGAAGGCAGACCUGACCUUCUAGUGAACUUGCCAGGUGUUUCCGAUUCUUCGGAAGAAAAACAGAUUCUGUCCAAAAGUUGCCUCAUAGAAGAGGCAAAAGGAUCCCUUACAUUUGGAAAGCCUGAUGUUUUGCAACUUAAUCACAGUUUAGGCCAAGGACUUACUCUUAAAGGAACACUAAAUGACUCUGGCAGAGUAAUCUCAAAUACCUCAGGUACCACUAAUGAAAAGGACUUGUCAAGUAAAUGUGGUACUGGUACUACAAUACAAUUAGAGAAAGAUCAGUCUACUCUUUUAGGUUUAAAAACAGAAAAUGAAACUAUGUUUGAUAGUUUUGAUUCUUUUUCUCAGGAACAUGUCACACCAGCUUCUUUAGAACUUCAUACAUCACACAACAUGGACACUCUGACCGUGGACGUCUGUGUGCCUCCACUGAGUUUACAUAAACCAGCUGGUUUAGAUGGAAAUAUAGGAAAUUCUGAAAAUCAGGCCUUACUUUUUGUUGAGGAGUGCCAGAAUAACGUCAAAGAUGAAGAGUCAAAUGCUACAGGUCCCUGUAAAGAAAGAGUGACUGGGGACAAAGAAGUUUCUCAGCUCUUCAAGGAUCUGGAUGAGCUUUUAGUGCUAGCUUCCCAAGCGCACAUUCCAGAGAUGCUCAUUCAGCGCUGGGCAGUGGGCUUGGUUGUUGCCCUUGAUGCACUUCACCGAGAAGGAAUUGUAUGCCGUGAUUUGAACCCAAACAACAUCUUAUUGAAUGACAGAGGACACAUUCAACUAACAUAUUUCAGCAAGUGGAGUGAGGUUGAAGAAUCCUGUGACAGUGAUGCCACAGACAGAAUGUACUGCGCCCCAGAAGUUGGAAGCAUAUGUGAAGAAACUGAAGCAUGUGAUUGGUGGAGUUUGGGUGCCCUUUUGUUUGAACUCCUCACUGGAAAGUCACUGUAUCAGUGCCAUCCUUCAGGAAUCAAUAGGCACACAUCUCUAAACAUGCCAGACUAUGUUUCGGACGAGGCCAAAUCUUUGGUACAGCAGCCUCCUGUCUGCUAUCCAGCACCUCCAACAGCGCUGAGAUUGUAAAGAGAUCCAUCCCACUUCUGACACCACGUGUGGCAAAGUGGCUUGCAGUGUGCAGGUGUAGAGGUGAUGCCAUUAUGAAACAGAAGACAGACAACAAAGUUCACGAUCCAAACAGGUUUUAUUUUUUAUAAUCCUGGUCUGGCAACCACAAAGAAUAAUCCCAGGCAAUACACAGCAAUGUUUCUAAAGAAUGGGUUGCAGUCCAGAAAUAAUAAUACAAGUAUUAACGCACACCAAGACACGAUCACAAGUCCAGAGUGAGUGGUUUACAUGCAGGUUGCGAAAAUACAAUUUAUUGGUGUACAAUGGUGAAGUGUUGUCCGGGUUGGUGCUGGCCUUACAAGCGAUAGCUCCCGGUUUGUGUUAGCCGUCUAAUAAUAACAAACAAGUACAAUUAGAAUCCAACAAAACAAAACAAACACUGAACACUCACGGUUACUUUAUUCUCGGCCCUUUUAGGUUUGUCUCAACCAUAAACAAGGAACAGAUCGCUUAGCCACGUCCCCUUUUGUACCGUCAGUAACACCCCCUUGGUUAGCGAGUGCAACCGUUUCUCCUCAAAUCUGUGGUUGCCACAUCGCUUCCCUUCUGGGAUGAUGACUUGGUGUACCCCCUUUCUAGAUGGCCGAUUUCCACCUUUCCCUGGAAUUAAUUGUCAGCCCAUCCAGUCCGGGGCACUGUUCCCUUUGCACAGCAACCUCACAGGUCGGGAGGUAUAUUUAUAACCAAGAUUCAUUCUCUCUGUCACAGAUGCCAAUAUCACGGAUCCUGAGAUGAGCUUUGAUGUCAGCCGUGCUUCAUUCUGGUAUGCAGCUCAAGUGGUGUAUCCUUUUUGCAAGGCAGUUUUUCCAGUUUUUCGAAAACUACAAGUUUUUGUUUAAAAACUUCUCUGCAUCAGAGAAAAUACCUGUGCAGUUUGGUGAAUAUCUGGCCAAACCACCUCCAGAAAAUGUCUGUCAGCACAUGAGUACAGGAAAGGAAAGAGACAACAGUGGCCAGAAAUGUCUCAUGCUGUGCUACAAAUAUUGGCAUUGCCAGUUUCUAGUGCCAAUGUGAAGAGGGCCUUUUUGACGAUGAAAGUAAUCACAGGUCGCAAAGACAGAGCAAAGAUGUUGAAAGAAGCAAUGAAGAAAGAAGGAUGAUCGGCUACAACAAGUUUGACCUCUGAAUGUUAAGUUUUAAACUUUUUUUUUUUUUUAUGUAGCAGGGAAAGUACUGGUAUAUUUGUCAUACUAUAGGAGUGUGCUUUGUAAUUAUGAUUUUUUUUUUUUCCUAAACAUAUCAAAGCUGUAAAAAGAGAUGCAGUACAGGAUAUAACUAUUCAAAUUAACACAAAAAAACUAACCCAAACAAAUACGUUUUCAAACAGGAUUUAAAAGAUGAAAAUGUGCUCGCAUUCCUGAUAUGAAUCGGGAGCACGUUUCAGACGAGGGGCAUUAUAACUUAUAACAAAAUGCCCUGCCUUUGACAGAAUUCAAACAAAUUUUAGGGACUGUCAGAAGAUUAGCACUUUCUGAUCUCAGGGAACGACCAGGGACAUAUGUGGUCAGCAGCUGUUGAAGAUAAGAAGGGCCAAGACCAUAUAAGGCCUUAUAGGUAAUAAGAAGCACUUUGAAAUAAUAAUAAUAAUAGCAUCAGCAAUAAAACAAACAAAUGAGCUGGAUGCAGUAAUUGUAUAAAUUAAAUAUGUGAUUAAAACCAAGAAUCGCAAGAUUAAUCACAAUUAAUUUUUUUAAAUCGCCUGACAGCCCUAUUUAAAUAUAUGUUACGUAAAGGUAUAGGUAAAUAAACAUGUUUUUGUAAAACUAAUAAGUGGCUAAUAACCUUGGAAAUAUAGUAACCCUUUAAGUCUACUGCAGCAAGCUGUGUUAAAAGCAUAGCAAACUGUAGCGAAGCAUAGUAAAAGCAUGAUAAAGCAAAGAUAGGUAAGGUAAAGCAUUGCAAAAAAAAAAAAAAAUGUAAAUAUAGGAACUAUUUGGGUAAACUACAAAACUACCAUGAUAAACUUUAAUAGUAGAAUUAUUAACAAAAAAACAUUUAAAAACACAAUGGACCAUUGUGCAUGUCUGCCUCUACUUGUGAGUGUAUUUAAUGUGAAUGUAAGUAAUGCGUCAGUAUGUAUGGUCAGUAUGUACAGUAGAUCAGCAAUUGUCAAGUUUGUUUCUAAUUAAAGUAGGCCCGAACCCUGACUAGGUCGUUCAUAUGUAUAUUAUAAUCAGGACUGUGUCUGCCCUCUUCAGCUGUCUCUCAGUCCUCAAUGUAUCUAAUUUUGUAAACCAAUGUGGACCGUGUGAGUCUUAAUGCAGUCUGGUAAUUAACAAAAGACAUAUUUUAUUUGAAAGAGACCUCAUUAAGAGUCUCUGACAAAAGUGAGCUGAGAGCUGCGUUGAUAUGUAGGGCCUAUCUGCAGCAACCAAUACUAGACGCCUCAGGCAAACACUGGAAUGAAUGGAGCCUCCUCCUGUUCCAUAGACUGCCAUGGCACUGCACAACUAUGUGUUACUUUCUCUCAGGGAAUGAGAGUUUGGACAUUUUUGCACUUGUAGCAACACUUAAUCAAAGUUCUAAGCUAAAACGGGGGGUAUAUUCAAUUGAUCUAAAUGGUGAUGGAUCUAAAUACUACUGUUAAUCAUUUAAAAAGUCACUUUCUGAAAAACAUCUAUAACAGUGUCUAUUAUUGUUUUUAAAAAUAAGUAAAAAGCCAAGAUUGGACUUACGUGUAAUAUUUAAGCAGUGGCGGUAUUUAGAAGUCAAGCAUAAAAGCAUUGUGAUAUAAUCAGAUAUGACCUCCUAGCAGGUCUGUAGGGUUGAGUAGGUAGUUUACAGAUGUGCUUCCUGUAUCAUGUCAACCCUUACCCCGACCCCAUUGUUAAAUCCCCUCUGAGGCCAUUUAACAGAUAGGUCAUACUUGUUACUCCACAGGUUGAUGGAUGUGUUUAUGUUCUACCAACACCUACAGUCUAUGUUUUAGCUAUUACAAAGCUACUUUAUAUUCUAAACCCUACUCAUUUCUUUACAGAGUGUUGUCAUUUAAUUGUACUGUGUAGGGAAUACAUAAACUGAUCUCUAGCAUAAAACCAGAGGACUGUGUGUAUUUUUAGGUGCUUUGUUAUUACAGUACACCCUCGCUAUAACGCCCUUCAUUAUAACGAAUCUUCGGCUAUAAGAAACCUGGCCCCUGCCCCCCCCCAAAAAAAAGAUAAUAUAAACACACACUAUCAACAUCCCGGUCUGUACGCACGGGAUGACACCUCCACCGCGAAGUCAACUCUUUUGUCUAAUAAAAAGUGAGUGCUGUGUAACUGCCUCCGAAAUGAAAAUCAUUUUAUGUUGCAACAAAGCUGGAAACUAUAUUGAUCAUUUGAAAAAAGGAGUAACGCAGGCAUAUCUCGGUCAUGGUUGUCAAAAAGCACUCUUUUGUGGCUUGUUCAGCAACAACACGCAAAAGCAAAAUUGAUUUAAAAAAGAAUUGAGGAUCUGAUGAACGUUUCAUGUCAAACUUUUCAUGUUGGGUUGAUUUGGAAUAAAAACUCAGUUUGGGAUUCUUGCAUGUUGGAUUAAGAUUUGGUGCACUUUGAAACGAUUCAUGUCAGAUUGAUUUUUGCUUUUUGUACUGUGUUUUUAACAAAUUCGAUAAAGCAAAGGCAGAAUACUGCAUACAUGUGAUACAUGUACAGGUACAUGUAAUUCGACUUUUAUUCACAAUAUCAUGUCAUUAACUUACUCCAACAGUUUAUCAUUCAUUUUGAUUGUCCUUUCGCUAUAACGAACCACUCGAUAUAAUGAACAAAAGGCUUUUUAAUCUGUCAAAUGACUGCUUUGUUUUAUUUUUUUUAUAAAGUAGUAAUAAUUAUUAUUAUAAACAAUGGCUGGGUUUACGUGCACAUGAACAGUCUUGACUCGGUGACGUUGUCAUGCAAAACAGCAAAAGAACGUCCUUUGGUCAGCAAGACUUCAAGGGUAGGGUCAAUCGCUUUCUCACGAUAAAAACAGCUGUAAAAACCCAUGUAAGCCGGAGCAGGAAUCGUGCUUGUGGCUCAGGAGGUUUCAGCAGUCAAGAUCCCGUUUUUCUGACUUAAUAUCACGUAAUCUCCAGCAGAAAGGCUCAGAUAGGCUAUUUUUUUUAAAUGCCGCAGGCUUUAGCCAAUCAAAUCAAAGUAGUAAUUGUGAGGCAAUAUUUGGGUCGGAUCUUCCUCUCACACAACGAAUCAUGUGCAAGCCACAUUUGAUUGACAGCUUGCGAGGCAGUUGGCGCAGAUCUGUUGAGUCUGUUGAAAAGUCACAGACGUUUAUCUUAAUGUGCAUUUUUAAAGUAAGUUAGUAGUAGUGUGGCUGUCAACAUGGCAAAACAAAUAUGCACACACUUUAAAGAGUUUAGUUUAGUAGAAAGGCUCGAGUGAACAGGAUUAAGACAGCUGGCCGAAUGCCGUCAAAUACAUUAAAAUUGCUGUCCUUUGAAGAGAUAUGUGCGAUUUUCUGGAGUGUCAUGACUAUAUAACUGCAAGCCCAGACACAUUAUCCUGUGUAAAAGUUGCUUUCAGCUUCUUGCAUUUUAUUUUCCUUACAGUAUUUCACACUGUGAAUUCAUACUUUUAUCAGCGCCGUGCAUUUGGUUACUAUGGCAACGCGUUCAAACAAAUACCGAUUUCAUGAUUGGGGUUCAAGUCAUACUACAAUGACCUAGAGAGUCAGUGGCAUGUAUGAUGUUACAAUUUAUCAAUAAUAGUAAGGUAUCUGUGGUUUUAAAACUUCAUAAUUAUUUCUACAUCGUCUUAGAAAUGUAAAGAAAUCCAAAAGGUUUUGUCAUUAAGGUUUGCUGUUAACUUUUCUCCCGUGUAGAGAUUUAUUUUAAAGGCAUCAAAAUAUGGAAAUUGCACGUUCCUUUUCAUCAGUGUUUCAACAUCAUUUUAAAAGGUUUACAAAACUCGAAAAAUGUUGCUGAAUUUGUCACUCAAGGCUGUUUUAAAAAAUAUAUAUUUUUGUCUGCUUGUUACGUUUUUUGCAGCCAACACAAUCUUUGUUUAGCUGUACCUGAGAAAAUGCAGUGAAAACAAAAACAGACAUAUUUAGCUGGAAACAAAGUAUUCUCAGCACAGCAAAGAUUUUAGUUUUGGUUUGAAGGCAGCAGGAGCUUAGCCUGAUUUUAAAUUUUUGCUUGACAGACGCCCUUAUGCAGGGCGACUUACAGAGGUAACAAAUUAUUACAAUAUAGCUAAGAGAUUACAAUACAGCUAAGAAAAAAAGCAAUACGGUUUUUUGUUUGGGGAUUUUUUUAGUUUCUGUUUGCACUUUUUUUGUCAAAUGAAACGUUUUUUGUAAUUACUGUGCACAGUGUGUUUGUUUCUGUUGGUUGUAUGCAUAUGUGCUUUGUAACUACUGUUAUAAACUGCAAAAAAUGUUCGCCUUGCUUCACUCGACACUAUACAUCUUCAGUCUUGGCUACUUUGCUCUGCUCAAACCCCAGGGGGAAAUUUGAUGUAUUCAUUGAUGUAUUUGAGUUAAUUGAUUUAAAUCAUGUUUGUAACGUCAGACCCUAGGUACUUGCCCUUCCACCCGAAGUUGGGGCCCACCCACAUUUCCAUUCCUAGCUACGCCCCUGCUUGGGACUGGACGAUGGGGAGGGGCGGGCGGUAAUGGGAGUGUUAGUGUUCAUGUAUUGAGUGUGUGUGCUGUCCUGUCCUUCCCGCCGUCUGUGUGUUGCCCUGCAUGAGUCUGUGAGUCGAAGUGCAUUUUGUGUCUAGGCAGUUCUGGCGGGCUACCUGGGGUGUCACGUGCACAGUGCAGCUGUAUAUAGAUAGGGGUUUGUGUUGGUUCUGCCAGUCAGCUGCUUGCACGGACCGAAGGUCUGAGCGAUUGGUCCGUGUGUAUGUAAAUGAGUGUGUGUGUGUGUGUGAGCAAAUAGGGCGACUGGGGAAUCCCUAUUUAGGAGCUGCCUGCGCGCAGCUCAUGGGGGUGUGUUGUGAUUGUGUUGUUGGUGCUGCCUAACUUAGAUAAUUGUCUAAGAGUAGGAAAUAAACAGUGGUUCUCAACCUGA